AUGUCUUCCUCUUCUCAGAACUCGACCUGGUACUCCGACGAGGAGAUCGACCGGAUCUUUGCCGAGGUGUCCGCCGAGGGCGAGGGCGAGACCGCGACCGCGACCACCAGUCCUCCGGGCCCAGAAGAAGCCGCCGCCGCCGAGUCCUUCCCCUCCCAAGAGGAGAUUGACGCCGCGUUUGCCGAAAUGGCGGCCGAGGAGGAGGAGGCCGAUGACGAAACCCACCAGACCAUCACACCUGCGGCCUUAGCAGCAGCGCCUGCGCGGUUUGUCCCCGUGGACGAGAUGUCUGGCGAGGAAGCAGCAGCACCAACACCAGCAGCGGCAACAACAACAACAAACGCAGUGACCGUGACCUCAGCCGCGGCGAGCGCACACACAAGCGCACGGCCGGGUCCGAGUCCGCGUCCGCGUCCGGGUGCCGAGCCCUCCUCCUCCUCCUCCUCAAACAAGCCCAAGAACAACAACAAGACUACCCGCGGCUCGGACAGCCAGAGCCAUAACCAGAAAAAGCGCCCGGGCCGGCCGUCAAAGACGUCUUCGUCUUCAACCCUGCCGCCGCACAAACAGCCAAAGUCCGGGUCCGGGUCCGGGUCCGGGUCCGGGUCCAACUUGAAGACGCCCAAGCACCCCCGCAACCAACAAGCGGCCGCCGAGCUUGCCCUCAAGUACAAGGUCGAAGCGGCCAACAACACGGCGGCCGUCUUCGCGGGCGGCAUCGGCGGCCGCAACUGCUUUGAGAACCGUGUUGCGGCAUUCCAGCGCGCUAGGGAAAGGGAACUGGAAAGGGAGAGGGAGAGGCAGAGGUUGAACGACGCCCAGGGCGUUGCUUCGGUACAUGCUGCUGCCACUGCCACCGGGCAAGGCAGCAAGAACAACAAGAAGCGGCCUGCGCCUGAGGAUGAUGGGGAUGAUGAUGUUGUUGUUGUUGUUGAGGUUGUUGACGUGGGUCAGGGUGCGGGUGCGGGUGCUCAGGGGUCGGGGUCACCGGCGCCGCCGCCAGCGAAGCGGCCGUGUCAUGCUGUUGCCGGGUCUCACGCCGAUCCCAUCAUCAUCGCGUGA